GAGGGAAGCCUAUAAACCGACACUGGAGAAGAAGAAAAAGAAACACAGAUUGAGAUAGAGACAAAAGAGUACUAAGAAGCAUGUGUAUAGCUGCAUGGAUCUGGCAAGCUCACCCUCUGUACCCACUGAUCCUUCUACUCAACAGAGAUGAAUUCCAUGACAGGCCUACAAAGCCAGUGGCAUGGUGGGGGGAGGGUGAGCAGAAGAUAUUGGGAGGGAGGGAUAUGGUAGCAGGAGGGACAUGGAUGGGGUGCACAAAGGAUGGGAGGCUAGCCUUUGUAACUAAUGUGUUGGAGCCUGAUGCUCUUCCCACUGCCAGGACAAGGGGAGAGUUGCCUAUCAGAUAUCUUCAGAGCAGGAAGAAUCCUCUGGAGUUUGCAGAGGAGAUAGUCAAGGAAGCAGAUGAAUACAAGGGCUUUAAUUUGAUAGUGGCUGAUCUUUGUUCAAAAAUCAUGGUUUACAUCUCCAACAGGCCAAAGGAAGAGUCAAUUUCUGUCCAACUUGUUUCUCCAGGCCUUCAUGUGCUCUCAAAUGCAAAGUUAGAUACUCCUUGGCACAAGGCACAACGCCUUCGCAAGAAUUUCAGAAAACUACUUCAGAAACAUGGUGAGGGGGAAAUUCCUGCAAAAGAUAUUGUUGAAAAGCUGAUGCAGGACACAAGUAAAGCCAAUCAAGAUAGAUUGCCCAAUACAGGCUGUGACCCAGAAUGGGAACUCAAGUUGAGCUCUAUUUUUGUUGAUGUUGAUACCAAACUGGGCCGCUAUGGAACUAGAAGCACAACAGCUUUAUCUGUAAAAACAAAUGGCAAUGUAAGUUUCUAUGAUAAGUAUCUUGAGAGUGGUCGGUGGAAGGAGCACACUGUGGAGUAUCACAUAGAAAGGAUGAAAUAGAUGAACAGAUGCAAAACAAUGGGCCACAGACAGCAACUGCUGGCAACCUUAUUUCCUGCCUAAUGUUACCUAAAAGGACUGUUACUCUAUGUACUUUGUAACCAUUCCAUUGGUAUGUACAGAAUGAUUGUGAUCAUAAUAUAUUAUAUGUUAUAGUUUUUUUAACAUAAAAAAAA